CGGGAAAUGCUUUAAAUAGCGCAUGCUAGCUUGUUGCCGCUGGCGUCAACCGAAGCUGGGGGAGAGAAACCGUGGGAGAGGGCUGAAAACGAGCGACCAAAGGAAUAAUAAGCUCGAAUAACAUCUGGCAAGGUGGAAGAAAGAAACCGGACAGGAAUCACCAGCAACUGGGCAACAUCCCGUCUCUCCCCUGGCUCUCCAGUUUGGUAGAACAUCGCCCAGAAUAUCAGAUGUUUAAGCCACAGAGUGCCUGACAAGUUUGAACUUCAUCAUCACCAGUUCAGAAGACGACACCAGCCGCUAAGACAGAUCACACCAAAGUUACAACUUCUGUAAUUUUUCAUUUCCUGAGACCUUAUAAGGAUCAAUCAUCAGAUCCUCUAAACUUUAUUAUUAAAGACUAAACCGGGAUUCUGUAGACCGUCAUGGCCGCCCAUCACAAACCAUCAGAGCCCGAAAUCCCAGACAACCACAAAGAGAGCUGGAUGGCUCUACUUUCUGCUGCAGAAGCAUAUUGCCAAAAGUCCGGCUGCGACUUGGCCAUACUCACGGCCUGCAAGAAGUUCCGGUUCUCGACCGGAGACUCGGAAGGAGUGAAGAAGCGGGAAGGCAGCGUGGCUUUCCCCAGGGAGUUUGACUUCUCCUACAAUGUGUGGGGUCACGGAUUUCUGGCCGAGUCAGCUCGCCGUUACAUGGACGACAUCGCCGUUCUGCACUCCACGAGCAUGCUGACGGCCCAGAAGCAAACCCGGCCCGCCGCCGAGGAGAGGGGAGCCAAGCAGGCGGCUGAUCUGACCUCUGACCCCGGACACAGAGGAAGCGGGACAGGUGAGCUGGGCGGAGUCAGCCCCAACGGCAGGCUGUUCUCUCAGAGCUACCCCUCCAUCUACAGCUCGGUAACUGUGAGCGGGGGGGCCAAGGAGCAGAACGGGAACGGAGAGAGGGAGCGAGAGAGGAGCUCUCUAGAAGCUGAGCGGGAGAGGCAGCGAGCGGGGAUCGUAGAUCUGGAAGAAGAGUGUGAAGAUGAAGAAGAAGACGAGGACGACAUGGAUGAGAGGCAGCCCUAUGGAAAUGAAAGUGCAGGUGUUUUCUCCAUGGACGAGGACUCGGUAUCCCGUGACUGUGAGCCCUUUUUUGAGUCCGAUGGAGAGGAGGAAAGCACUGAUGGCUCGUUGAGCGAGGACGCCCCCCCACCAUCACGCUCCAUGGCCGUGGGUCAGCCUGCCUUCCUGCCCCGGAACGCCCACCCCACGGCUCUGGCGCGCUCCCUGCCCGUGUCUGUGCCCGUGUGGGGCUGCAAAAGCAGCAGAGCCGCUCCGGGAGACAGCAACAGCGGCGAGCGGGUGGGCUGCGCUGACCUGGAGCACAUCGCCGCCAGUAUGAAGGCCCUGCUGGUCCCCGGAGCGACCGACGGGACCGAGAUGUUCGGCGCCCUGCCCCGGCCCCGCCUCAACACGGGCGACUUCUCGCUGAAGCACUGAGAGGAGCAGACGGACGGGGACAGAAAGGGAUGGAGAUCCGGGGGUGGGGUUGUCACGGCGACAACGUGACGUUCAGCUUGUGAAAAAAAGCGUUAAAAGCUAGUACCUCCAUUUAUUUCUCACUAACCCCAAUUAACGGCACAUUCUUUCAAAAGAAACGGUCAUAAAGAAAUGUUAUCAACACUAAUAACAUUCUCAACACUACCACCCCCCCUCCAUACUUGAACUGUGACAUGUACAACACUAAACGGGGCCACAGGAAGAACUUGGAGUCUGUUCUUUUGCUUUUUGGUCAAACUACCAGGAGAUUUUUGGGGAAAAAUGAAACGAUUCAAUAAUUUUAGUCUUAUUUUAACAGAAAACAAUCAGACGGGAUGAAAUUUAAAAAAGGAAAUAAAAAAACGGUGAGAAUGAGUCGACUGCAGAAGCUUCAAAUAUGACGGGUUUCUGCUUAAACUGUAAUCCAUAAUCGAUUUUAUCUUAAAAAAAAAAUGUUAUAUUAUCCUGAAUUAAGAAAAACUGCAUCCACGUUGCUAUACUGGACUCAUUCUCACCGUCAGCGCCCAUCAGUUACCAGGUAAGAUGACCAAAAGGCUCUUUAGCCCCGCCCCGUUUCCCCCUUUUGAUCAUGGGGAAAGGGGUAGAAACCACAACGCUAAAAAAUAAAUAUAAAAAGUGAGCAGGGAACACCAGCACCUCCUCAUAUCAUGCCUGUUUUUACUUUUUGCCAACGAAUGACUGACUGAAUGAAUGCAAAUCAAUACAGAACUCUAUAGGAUGUAUUUUUUUUUUCUUUUCUUUUUGCUCCUCAUCCUCUGUGGAAACGACAGAAUGAAUGAAACUGUGAGACAGAAGGGUUUGAAAGGCAGAGCAUCCAUCUUUACAAAAGACAAAAACAAGUGUUCUGUUUGUUCUUUGAUGUUUCAAAAUAAAAGGAGCAACACCAAGAA